GCCUCCACCAAGGACUACAAAUCCCAUUAUCCCCAUAAUAGUGAAGUUUCCUUGGAGUUUAUGACCCCCCUCCCCUUUGGCCGAGGAUGACAGAUCCCAGAAUCCACCAAACUUAAAUCAUGAAGCAAAAAAAUAAAAAUAAAAAUAGCCCUAAUCUCCUCCACUUCCGGCCUGUCCCUCUCUCUCUCUCCACUUCCGGUUUCCCAGGAUAGAGAAGAAGCCGAGCAAGGAACGCAGAGAGAGAAAAAAAUACAAAAAGUUCCAACGUUCCAAAUUGUCUCGGCUUCGAGGGCGCUGAUUGGACGAAGGGGGCAGGGCCUCGAGGCCGGCGGCCAAUCAGAGCCCGCGCCGUCCCUGGGCUUUUCACCCAUUUGGAGUUUUGUAAUUGUUUGUCUCACUUUGGAGGAAGAAGAAGAAAGAAGAGGAGAAUCCCUUCGUUGCAGAUCAGGAAACGAUGCACGAAGGAGUCCCGAAAUGAAUGACGUGGAAAGGAAACCAUUCGGAUCGAUGGAAGAGGAGCGCAGUUACUGGAAAGAGUUGGCCGCCAAAUACAAAGAAUGUGCGGACAACGCGCAAGAAGAGCUGCGGGAGUUUCAGGAAGGCAGCCGGGAGUACGAAGCGGAGCUCGAGAUGCAGUUGCAGCAAAUGGAGACACGGAACCGGGACCUGCUUUCGGAGAACCACCGGCUCCGGGCGGAGAUCGAGGCCGUGAAGGAGAAGAUCACAUCCCAACACUCGGAAGGCUACCACCGGAUCUCGGCGCUGGAGGAAGAGCUGGCCCAGACAAAGGCCAUCAAGGACCAGCUGCAGAAAUACAUCCGCGAAUUGGAGCAAUCCAAUGAUGACCUGGAGCGGGCAAAGAGGGCUACCAUCAUGUCCCUGGAGGACUUUGAGCAGCGGCUGAACCAGGCCAUUGAGCGCAACGCCUUCCUAGAGAGCGAGCUGGACGAAAAGGAGACCCUCCUGGAGUCUGUCCAGCGGCUCAAGGACGAGGCCAGAGAUCUGCGCCAGGAACUGGCCGUCCAGCAAAAGCAGGAGAAACCCAAGGCUUUAGGGGAGAGCCCUUCAGAGGCGGCCUCUGUCCCGUCCACCCCUUUGACCCGCCGGACACCCGGCCUCGGAGUGACCCUUUCGGGAGGAACGUUCAGGAGAGGUUUGGAGGAGAGUUCGAAUAGUGCGACUCCGCUGACCCCUGCGGCCCGAAUAUCAGCACUCAACAUUGUGGGGGACCUUCUCCGGAAAGUUGGGGCCUUGGAGUCCAAGCUGGCCUCUUGCCGGAACUUUGUCUACGACCAGGCCCCCUAUUACAGCAGGAGCCCCUUGGCUGCUUCCGAGCCCCACGGAUGGGGUCCGCGGCCGGUCCGCCUCACAGGGCCGGCGGUGCUGCCUCCGCAAGGCGUAGUCCAGAUGCUGCUUUGAAGAACUACAAGAACCGGACCUUUCCGUUCGUUGCAUCCAGAUCCAGCAGAAAACGAUUCAAAUGCAGGAAGCAAGAGAGGCGUCAAUCACUCUAUUUGACUCCCAUCAGAAAGGGAUUGAAGUCCAUAUUUGCAAAACCCAGGUUCUGGAAAUGCAGCAAAGCGGAUUCUUCCAUUGGAUCUCAUUGCAAAAAAAAAGCUAUGGAAGGGGAUGGUGGGAUCUGCAGUCCGGUUUUGCAAUAACCGGGUUCUUGGACCCUUUUGCCGAAUGCAGCAAACCGGAUUGUUCCCUUGGAUCCCGUUGCAAACUUCCGGAAGAAAUGGGAAGCUAUUUCCUGCUGAUAUAGUGACACAAUUUGUUUUGGGUUUUUUUGCAAAUCGGGAUUGCUUUUUUUUGCUUUGUAAACGAAAGCAAAAUGCAACUUUGCCAAUCCCCUUUGGAUAGAGAUAUUUUUUAAUACAGAAUGCCUAGUUCACUGCA